AUUAGACAUAAGUCAAACACACAGCACUUUGAUAGCACUUGAAGGCGGCAAGCGCCGGACACAAAAACUUGCCAAAGCAUCUAGUGCUCUACCCAUGGCUACUGCUGGUCUGAUGAAGAACUGGGUUCUCAUCCUUUUGCUGAUUCUUUUCCCACUCUUUUCCCACUUCCCUUGUGCUACAGAUGCCUAUUACGCCGACUUCUCGUCGGCCAAUCCCACUGUUUCUUGGAAAAACACCCCCUCCAAUGAAAAAGGAAGUGCGGAUUUCAACGACGGCUCCACCUUGAGGCCAAUCCUCCUAGUGUACGACAUAACCAAGAUUCAUCCGCCUUUCGGUCUUGGGUUCUUCACGAACAAAACUUCGAUUCCUUCUCCGGUACCAGAUUCAGGUUUCUAUCUAGUUGUCUUCAUGAUGACAGGAGUAAAUGUAAGUGACAGCAACUCUGAUGGGGAGUACCAGUUUAGUCCACGUAUGCCGCCCCAAGUUCUGUGGUCUGCCAAUGGAGACAGGCCGGUCGGAGAGAACGCGACUCUGGAUUUCACAGCCGAAGGAGAUUUGGUUUUGAGAGAUGAAUUUGGUAACCCUGUUUGGUCAACCAAUACCAGUACCAAUUAUGUUGCUCGAAUGGUGAUCGAUGCGAGCGGCAACUUUAUGCUUCUGAAUGGGAGCAACAGCGUGGUAUGGCAGUCGUUUGAUAACCCAACAGACACAUGGCUCCCCAACCAGAAGAUCUACAAUGGUCAAAGGCUUACGGCUAGUAACUCGCCUUCGAAUUUAUCAACCGGUAUAUACUAUUUAUCUGUUGAUAAAGACUAUCGCAUUGGAAUGCGGGCUUUUCUCGAUUCAAAUCCCCCACAAGAAUACGCAAAAUUUCUUGCUCCAAAUGCCACUAUUGCGUUAGCGGGUCCUGCUUUGGGGAACGCAGACAAUGCAGUCGUAUUGACUACCACCUUUGCAGUUUUCCAUUUCAAUUUCACUGCAUCACCAAAUGAUUUUCGGUUUAUCGUCCUGGAACCAAAUGGACAUUUAGUUCUGUAUCGCGUGGAUACCUCUUACCAACACAGUUUUGCAGUCACGCCACGCAGUGACUUAUUGGCCGUCCUUGAUUCUCUUGGAGACUGCAGCUACCCAACAGUAUGUGGGCAUUGUGGUGUUUGCUCUAGUGGUGGGCAGUGUGCUUGUCCACAGGGCAACAAUGGAACUUCAAACUACUUUUGGCCGUUUGAACAAGGUGUUGGAUGUGCAGAAAUUACCCCUCUUUCUUGUGAAGAUGGUUCCAAGUACCAUACAUUCGUCGAUCUCCCUAAUGUUACGUACUUUGAUUUUGUCCCCACUCUUUUGGCUACCUCUAUAGAUGAAUGCAAAGAGGCAUGUUUGAACAAUUGCUCUUGCAAAGCUGCCUUGUUUCGGUAUGAUACAGAUGGUUCAUCUGGUAAUUGUUCUUUGCAAUCAGAUGAGCUUUAUUCUUUCAUGCCCUCCACUGGAAAUAUUGGUUCCUACGCCUCUAUCAAGGUUCAGAAAGUGCCCAGUCAAAAGAAACUUGCAUCUCCGAUAUUGGUACUUCCUCUUGUUGGUGUCCUGCUAGUCGUUACUCUUAUAGGUGGAAUGUGCUACUGUUACAGAAUUCUUAACACGGAUAUUGCUGAGGAAGAAACUGACGACCAAGUUACUGAAUCAUUGACUAAAUUCUCUUUCGAAGAGUUGAAAUCUUGCACGCAGAAUUUCCAGAUCAAGCUUGGCCAAGGAGGGUUUGGGGCUGUGUUUGAGGGGGUCUUAAAUGAUGGUACCAAAGUUGCAGUGAAACAAUUGGAUUCUAUAGUCCAAGGAAGAAAAGAAUUUUUGGCUGAGGUUAACACAAUCGGCAAAGUUGAACAUUUCCAUUUGGUGAGGCUGAUUGGGUACUGCGCCGAGAAAUCAAAUAGGCUUCUCGUGUAUGAACACAUGUUCAACGGGUCGUUAGAUAAUUGGAUAUUCAACCAAGACAAAGCAAGAACACUCGGCUGGAAAACUCGGCAGGAGAUUAUUUAUGGUGUGGCUAAGGGACUUCAAUAUCUCCAUGAGGAGUGUCAUAAGAAUAUAAUUCACUUUGAUAUCAAACCUCAAAUUAUCCUUCUUGAUAGAGAUUUCAAAGCCAAGAUUUCUGAUUUCGGCUUAGCAAGAUUGAUCGACAGGAACCAGAGCCUAGCGUUGACAUCUUUGAAAGGAACAAUAGGUUAUAUGGCUCCUGAAAUGUAUAGGAGAUUACAUAUCUCAGUUAAAGCUGAUAUCUAUAGCUUUGGGGUUGUUAUCUUGGAAACUAUCUGUGGGAGGAAGAAUUUAGAAGAAUCUCAUGAAUCUAUGACUUUGGUUGACAUUGUGCAAACGAAAGUAGAAGAGGAUCAACUGUAUGAUCUCAUCGGUGAUCGAGACGAGGAUAUUUGGCACCACAAAGAAGAAGCAAUAAAGACGAUGAAGAUCGCAAUAUGGUGUCUGCAAACCUAUGAUAGAAGGCCUCAUAUCUCAAUGGUCGUGAAGGUGUUGGAGGGUUCAGCAGAUAUUGAUUCUUCUGCACUUGGUUGAGGAGUGCAUUAUAUUCCUAGUGCAGCCUUGUCUUAUUGCAAACCAAGGCAAAUCUAUUUUCUACAGUAUUAUUUGUAGAAUAUAAACUCUAGAAGCGUCUAUUCGAUU